UGCACCAAUUGUGGCACGACUACAACGCCCCUUUGGCGCAGAGACGAGGACGGCAACAAUAUCUGCAAUGCUUGUGGUCUAUACCAGAAACUCCAUGGCAUCGCUCGCCCCGUCGGAAUGCGCAAGACGGUCAUCAAGCGCCGCAAACGG